AUGAGGCAGGUAGUCGGUCCUGGGGAUGUUGUGGCAGUCCUUCCAGAGCAGGGGCAGGUCAAAGUCGGAGCUGGUCUAUACGCAGAUGGCACUAAUUUGCACACUUCCAGAGCAGGGUUGUUGCGUCAGACGAAAGCCGGAAAGUUGUGGGUUGAAGGACGACAGAAAAGGUACAUUUCCAGCACUGGUGAUGAUGUGGUAGGGGUGGUGUUGGAACGGCAUGCAGAGAAUUUUGUGGUGGACAUUGGCGCUCCUUUCCCUGCGGUGCUGAACAUCCUAUCUUUUGAGGGGGCCACUCGGCGCAAUCGGCCAAAGCUUGCAGAGGGUGAUCUCGUUUAUGCAAGGGUGGUCCUGGCGCACCGGGACAUUGACACAGAACUGUCAUGCACCGAUACUGGUGGCAAGGCGUCGGGAUACGGACCCUUGAAAGAAGGCCACCUGAUAAGCUGCUCCACAGCCCUUGCAAGGCGACUACUGGCGUCUCCUACAGCUCCAGUCUUGGAGGCUCUGGGGAACUCCCUGCAAUUUGAGAUAGCCAUUGGCCAGAAUGGGCGGGUCUGGAUUGACGCAGCCAAAGCUACCACUGUCAUCCUCAUAGCCAAUGCCAUAACAAGGAGCGAAUACCUGUCCGCUGACCAGUCGAAACUCCUGGUGCAAAAACUUCUGGCGCGCAUUGCAACUUGA